AUGGUUCUGCCAGUAAUUCAACAUCGUCUCACCAAAAUAAACUACAGGACGCGUCGUAUGUUUAUAAGAGGCGCCUUUUGUAUGAGUUUACUUGGUUGUAUUGCCAAUUUGAUAGGUAUGGUUUAUAAAUGGUCACUUUUGUAUGUCUUCAUAGUUUUUGUAAUUUAAAUUUAAAAUAAUUGACAAGUGUUACUCAGUUCUAUAUUUGUUCAUAAGGCAAUGUCAUGACAAAUUUAAUUUUCUGUUAUUUUUCGACCAAAAACGUUAGAUACGAUUAGCCAACGCUUUAUCUUGUACUGUUUACUACUGAACAACUUAUAUAAAUUAAAAUUGUACAGCUGGUCUUACCAACGACUGGUUGUAUACAUCUGAAGUGUUACGGUACUUCAUUCACCCUAAUGCCACUUAUCGCGAUGACAAUUUGAUACGAUGGUUUAAGAACGCGACUUUGGGCCCAUGGUACUUUUGUUAUCUGGAUCGUAAGUUUAAAGUGACAAUACAGUAACCUUCUCAGCGAUUACACCCUUUCAUUGUAACGAAAUCGACAUGUUCUCUCAAGAUGAACCUAGCGAUGUGACCAGCUCCAUCGAGUGUAAGUUACUAUUAUUAAGUUACCAGAGGAUUUACAAAAACUAUUCAAAUACCUAUUGAGACGAUAUGUAAGCAUUUUUACUGUUAACGAUUUUAUUGUAGAUUCUGUAAGACCGGCCUUCUACUUUGUGUACACGGCCAGUCUGCUGGACAUGCUGGGAGUGGGCGGAGUCUUUGUUUGCUGCAUGAAAUCGAAGCCGUACACUUCAUUAUUCAUAUCCACGACAAUACAUAUUUUAUCAGGCAUCGCUGACUUUAUGAGCAUUAUCAUGUACAUGUCUGGAGUCUCCAAAGAAGUCGGCAACAAGCUAUUCCCGGCCUCUGAAAUGGAUGAUCCUCUAUUUUACUAUUCUUACGGCUACUCGUUUAUUAUGUUCAAAGUAUGUUGUCAUUACAAAUUCAUACUAUUUAUAGGUUGGAUUUCUGUGUACAGAAACCGCGGCCAUCCUACUGGUACUAGUGUACAUGUCCAAAAGAGAUGAGCGCACUUAUAAUAGAUACUGUAUUAACACAUUAAUGAAAAAUGUACGAGACAAGCCCAACAUCAACGAUCAAAUGAUUCUCAACGGAAGAUACCAUCAGCAUGCUAGAAUAAACCAACUGCAAAGAGCCUCCAGGUAACAAAUAGUCAUCAUACGAUAGUUCUUCUAGAAGCGCUUCAAUCGACGAAUCCUUAAACAACGACGUUAUCAGCUUCAGGAAACUGAUUAAUGUAGACCCUAUAAAUGAAGUUCCAAGUCCUAGAAAGGUAAACAGUAAACCUGUACAUGAUAUUUGAAACUAUAUUAUUAAUUUGCUAUUACACCAUUUCAGUCACCGUUCAUAAUGCCGGGAUUAAACUGUGAGAGUGAUGGAUACAUGUGA